AGCCUGCUGGAUAUCACGUGCCGUGCCUGCUGACCUAUGACUAGACUUGGCUGAUGUGUCUCUAUAUAAGUCGGAGCGUGCCAUCGGUAAUCGAUAUUCAACCGACUGAUUUCUUGAGUUCAACCACACAGAGCAUAUCAUGGCAACCACAACCAAAGCCGAAGUUCAACUGCCCACUAACCCACAGCAUGAGGCGCUCUACGCAUCCGCAAUCGAGACGGGCGUCGUACCCCCUCCCGUUCUUGAGGCCGAAGCAAUCUCAGAAGCUGAAGCACACGACCCUGCUAUCCGACCCAGUUCGGACGACUACGAGGACCGACAUGUCCGUCUGUGCGGGACGAAGCGGACACUGACGAUCAAGCACUGGAUCAUGUUCCAUCCCACUCUUGUCGUGCCAGUUGAUUCGAUCACCUGGAUACACCCUGCGUCGCUGGUGGUCAAAGGGCUCGGAGUCACCUGCUGGGGCCUGGCAGCGCAUCGGAUGGGCUAGGCACGCGAUUUCCACCGUGUGCUGGUGAGUGAUCCGGCGUACGAUCAUUCCUGGGUCGUGCAGUACAUCGACCCGUUCUGGGACUUGAGAGCUGGAUUCACGGUGGAAGAUCCGGGUGAGUUUGCGGCGGCACUCGAGAGGAUGGCUCCUGGGGUCACGCAGUGGGAGUGCGAGGAGAAGGACCGGAUGGAGAGGCACGAACACGAAAAGAAGGAUAAGGAUACGGCGGGAUUUACGAAGAUCCCUGAAAAGC